AUGUCAGCCUUGGCUUGGAUUGGGACAACACUGGUUACUCUGGUUGCUGUUGCAUAUUUGGUGCAAUUGAGGAGGAAGAAGAAGUAUAGCAGAUUACCUCCGGGUCCAACAGGCCUCCCAUUACUGGGACACCUCCAUUUGAUAGGCAAAUUCCCUCACCAAGAUCUCCACCGGCUAUCCAGAGCACACGGUCCCAUCAUGUACCUCAACUUUGGCUUUGUUCCUGUCAUCAUCGUCUCAUCCCCUGCAGCUGCAGAGCAAUUCCUCAAGACCCAUGAUCUCAAUUUUGCAAGUAGGCCACGUAGAGAAGCUUUCAAGUACAUGGUAUACGAGCAGAGGAACCUGGUGUUUGCCCCUUAUGGCCCUUACUGGCGAAACAUGCGCAGACGGCAAGAGGUCGGUUUUCUGAUUGAGUCCAUUCAAAAGGCUGCGUUGGAUGGCAUUACAGUGGAUCUUAGCACCAAGGUGUCAUCCACAAAUGCAGACAUCACCUGCAGAAUGGUAUUUGGGAAGAAAUACGCAGACCAAGAUCUGGAUGAAAGGGGGUUUAGAGCAGUAAUGCAAGAAGGAAUGCGUUUAUCUGCAACUCCCAACAUUGGGGAUUAUUUCCCUUAUAUUGGGGCCCUGAAUUUGCAGGGAUUGAAUGGACGCCUGAAGGCUCUUGGCAAGGUCCUUGAUAAAUUCCUUGAGAAGAUAAUUGACGAGCACGUUCAAUCCAAACCCACAGAACAAGUACAGCACAAAGACUUUGUUGACAUCAUGUUGGCCUUAAUGGAAUCCCGGGAACCAGAGUUCAGGAUUGAUCGGGCCCAUGUCAAAGCCAUUAUGCUGGUAAUUUAA